AUGGCGCACAACGCAGCCGCGGCGACGCCGCAGAAGCGCAAGUACACGGAGACCGAGGAGGAGGAGACGGCCGGCUUGUGCGCCAACGGAUGCGGCUUCUUCGGCGCCGCCGCCACCGGCAACUUGUGCUCCAAGUGCUACCGCGACCACGUCUUCGCCGCCGGCGUUGACACCAUGGCCACGGCGAGCGUCUUCAUCGACCCUGAUCGUUCGACCGCGCUUCCUCCGGCGAAGAAGGCCAGGAUGACCGUCGCCGUCCCGUCCUCUGAAUCUGAUGGUGCGGCCGCCUGCUCCGCCGCUGCCGCCGUGGCAGCUGACCCCGCCGUGACGCCCGUGAAGCAGCCGGCGGUGGCGGCUAACCGGUGCGCGGCGUGCCGCAAGAAGGUUGGGCUGCUGGGGUUCCGAUGCCGCUGCGAGGGCACCUUCUGCAGCGUGCACCGCCACUCGGAGAAGCACGACUGUGGGUUCGACUUCAAGGCCGCCGGCCAGGAGCAAAUAGCCAAGCACAACCCCGUCGUGGUUGCGGACAAGAUGAGCGGAAGGAUUUGACGCCCACAAGACGGUGAACCGAUCAAGCAGUAGUCAUGGCGUCUUCGAGGAUACAGUCGACCAAUCUUCUUUGUAUUUGCUAGGUUUUGGAACGUGUAAAUAUUAGUUAAGGUUUUGGAGAUAUCGGAAUUUUGUACUAUUAGCCACUGUGUUUGAUUAAUUGGAGAG